AUGAACGUUUGUAGCAUCCUAUUUGCUAUCUUCAUUCUACCUGCGUUUGCACUUGCAACUACUUGUUGUCAGGCUCUGACGAGUAUCCUGGGCUCAAAGAUACUAUAUCCAAAUAGCACGGCAUACGAAUCCUCGGUGUCGUCGUACUGGUCGCAGCAAGAGCAGCUGAUCAGUCCUUCGUGCGUUUUGUCAGCAACUUCCCCUCAGGAUGUUUCCAAAGCGAUAGUCGUUCUUGUUCCCAAUGCCUGCAAGUUUGCUGUUCGCAGUGGUGGUCACGGAGCAAUUGCUGGGAUUGCCAACAUUCAAGACGGUGUGACUAUUGACCUCAGCGCGUUAAACUGGAUUGUUCCCUCCGCGGACGGAAGCCUUGUGUCAGUCGGACCUGGACAGCGAUGGGGGGGUGUAUAUGCAGCCCUAGACACUAUCGGGGUGUUGGUACCAGGAGGCAGAGAUAGCCCUGUUGGAGUGGGAGGGACUACACUGGGUGGUGGCUUCGGCUACUUUGCUACGGAAGCUGGUUUUGCCUGUGACAACGUGGUCGAAUACCAGGUGGUCCUCGCGAAUGGCAGGAUUGUCAACGCGACAAAGGACAAUGAGCACGAUCUUUGGCUGGCUCUCAAGGGAGGAUCCAAUAAUUUCGGUAUUGUGACCAACUUUGUCUUCCGGACGUUUCCUCUGGGGCAGGUUUGGGGAGGGGAUAUCUACUACCCAGUGAGCACACUUGACCAGCAGCUGGACGCAUUCUAUCGCUUCACCUCCGACCCCAGCUACGACGUCAAGGCCGGACUCAUCCACAACUUUGCCUUCACCCCAGCCAUGGGUCCUAUACUCACCAAUCAAUUAGCCUACGCGAGUCCCCAGGAGAAUCCAGCCCCUUUCAGACCAUUCACCUCUAUCCAGCCUCAAAUGAUGGCCAGCACUCAAGUGAUGACACUGGAAGCUCUCUCGGCCAGGGGAGGUUCGCUGUCCCCGAACUCUCGCCAACAAAUCACAUUUGCAGUCACCUUUGAGAACAACCUUGACCUGCUGAAGCAUGUCUUCGACAUAUGGAAUGCGAGCACCACCGAGGUGUCAGGUAUCCCCAGCAUCCAAUGGACCAUUAGCCUGGAACCCAUUGUCCCUGCCAUAGCAUAUCAGAGUUCAAUCCGAGGCGGAAACGUCCUGGGGUUAGACGUACCCCGGCAAGGCCUCGUCCUCGCACUGCUGUCUGCCACAUUCAACCAUCCGCAAGAGUAUCCCAUAGUCAGCGCGGCGGCCGAGAGACUUUCGAACAACAUCAUCAGCGCCGCCAAGGCAGCCUGCGCCUAUAAUCCGUAUAUUGACCUCAACCAUGCUGCGUCCUGGCAGGAUCCUAUAGCGAGCUACGGCAACGCAAUGCAAAAAUUCUUGAGACAGACCGCAGGGAAAUAUGACCCUCAAGGCGUUUUUCAACGUUUGUGUCCGGGGGGGUUCAAAAUCAAUUGA